AUGGAAAGUAAUGAACAAAUAUCAUAUACAAGAAACACUGAUAAAGUAUUUGAAGUUUUCCAAUCUUUGAGAAAGUAUGUUGUAUAUUAUUAAAUUUGCUAGAGACAUUAAUAUUAGUAAUAAAUCUUUGUUUUUAGCGAUGACUUUUUGUGUGAUGUAAUACUAAAAGCUGAUAAUGGAUAUACAGUCAAUGCACAUAAGGUCGUUUUAGCAGCUGCAUGCCCAUAUUUCCUUGCAAUGUUCUCUCAUUUUAAGGAACGGGAAAAAAAACAUAUAAUUAUAAAGGAGUUAGAUCCAACAGCCUUAAAAAUUUUAAUAAAUUAUAUGUACACCGGCCAAAUUUUGGUCACUGAAGAAAAUGUCCAAGUAUAAAUUACAUUUAUUAUAUUUAUUGGCUUUACUUGUAUCCACUGUUAAUAUUUUUAAUAUUUUAAGAUUUUGUUAGCUGGUUCGACCCUUUUACAAUUACACAGUAUACAAGAAGUAUGUUGUGACCUUCUAAAACGUAUACUGCAUCCAACAAACUGUUCAGAUAUCUGGACAUUGGCUGAUUUAUACAGCUGUCAGGAAUUCCUGCCAAUCUGUGAAUCAUACAUCAAACAACACUUUUCGUAUGAUAUAUGACAGCUGUUCAAAUUUCUUAGAAAUAUUUUAUUAAUUUAAUUUUUUUUCACAGAGAGGUGGUUAAAAGUGAUGAAUUCCUAUCUUUAUCGUUUGAUCAAUUUUUCAAGCUAAUUUCCAGUGAUGAACUGACCAUAUUGUCUGAAGAAAUAGUAAGGGGAUUAAAAACAUUAAUUAUAUUUAGAUAAAUCAAACAAAUCGAGUUUAUAUUUUAUGUGAUGCAAUCAAAUUGUAUUUUAUUUAUUUCAAUCCUGAUUUUUGAUAGGUAUUGAAAUGCGUUGUUAAAUGGGUGAAUAAUUUACCAAAUUCUAGAAAAGAUGUCUUACCAAAAUUAAUAGCGCAAAUACGCUUCUCAUUAGUGCCAAAAGAAUGUUUAUUGGAAGCGCUGGAAGAACCGAUUAUCAAAAACAGUCCCGAGUGUAUGUUUUUCUUCCAAACUAUAUCUAAUGUGAUUAAAUAUUUUUUAUUAUAUUAAAUACGUAUUUCAGGUCAAGGUUUGAUAAAUGAAGCAUUGCAUAUCUGUUCUAAAGAUAGUCAACUCGUUUUAAAAGAUAUUCAUGGUAAACGUAGACGAGUUUUACAUAUGGUAAGAUUUUGUUAGUAGUUUUUUAAUUAUUAAACUAAGUUUGAGUAUUCCUUCUUAACGGGUUAUAUUAUUGUUUUAGGAAAGAAAGAUACGUGAACCAAUUGUAUGGGAUUUUCCUACAAAUAGCCCAUUAUUUCUGCGUCUUUUAAANUAUCGUUUGAUCAAUUUUUCAAGCUAAUUUCCAGUGAUGAACUGACCAUAUUUUCUGAAGAAAUAGUAAGGGGAUUAAAAACAUUAAUCAUAUUUAGAUAAAUCAAACAAAUCGAGUUUAUAUUUUAUGUGAUGUAAUCAAAUUGUAUUUUAUUUAUUUCAAUCCUGAUUUUUGAUAGGUAUUGAAAUGUGUUGUUAAAUGGGUAAAUCAUUUACCAAGUUCUAGAAAAGAUGUCUUACCAAAAUUAAUAGCGCAAAUACGCUUCUUAUUAAUGUCAAAAGAAUGUUUAUUUGAAGCAUUAGAUGAACCGAUUAUCAAAAAUAGUCCUGAUUGUGUGUUUUUCUCCCAAACUAUAUCUUAUCUAUAUCUACCUGUUGUUAAAUAUUUUUUAUUAUAUUGAAUAUGUAUUUCAGGUCAAGGUUUAAUUUAUGAAGCAUUGUAUAUUUAUUAUUUUAAGUUAAAAGGAUCUCUAAGCAUUUUAAAAACAAUCAGUAGUAAACGCAGGCGAUUUGGCUUACGAAAAGUAAGUUUUACUUAUGGCCUUUUUAAUUAUUACAAUUAUUAGUUAGAUUCUACUACUAAACUGGAUAUAUUAUUGUUUUAGGGAAAUAGAAAAAUAGAUACAGUUGCAUGGAUUUUCCCAACAAAUAGUCUUUUGCAGCCCUGCUCAGAAAUGAGGAAGCCUCGUUUUGGAUCAGGUCUUGCAGUAUUUGAAGAUAGUCUAGUAUUGGCUGUUGGUGGUUAUGAUUAUUUACCAAUUCCAUGUAUUAACCAAUACCAUUCACCAUUGCAUACAUUAAAUAUUUUACCUUUUACUUUACUUUCUGGACCACAUUGGGUACAAUCAACACCAAUGAUAUCUGGGCGUGCAUUUUUAGGAGUUGCUGUAUUAGAUAAAUGUUUUUAUGCUGUAAGUUAAAAUGAUAUAUUUACUUUUAGAAUUAAAUUAAAUUUAUGACAUUACUUUAAGUUUAAUACUAAUAUUUAAUAAAAGGCACUGUAUGUGGAUGGGAUAUAUGAUGUAUGUUGCAUAUAAAAGAUCAUGUAUACUCCAUAAGAACCUCGUGAUUACACAUAGUGACAAUACACAGUGUAUGCAAUAUACAACUGCUCUCUUUCAUAAUAAAAUUAAAAUUAUUAAGAUUAAGAUUUUUUUUUAAGGUACAAUAUUAUAAUAGUUAAGCUCUACUGACUACACUAUAGUAAACAUAAUAGUAAUAAAACUAUAAUAUUGCUAAUGAUAGUGUACCUAUAACUUACUAUCAUAACCAGGUUUUAUACAAAGAAUAAUAUAAAUACAAUACAUUAAAUUAUUAUUAACCAAUACAAUUAAAUGUUCUAUCAAUCUGAUUUUCAAACUACCCUGCUCGAUCUUGUUUUAACAAAUUCUUUGCAACGUUCCCCUUGUUGAUUUUACUACAAUUCAGCUACAUUUACCUUCCCCAAUCUCAUUUAAUAAAUCUAAUUCAUAAUACUUCUUAUCCUAAUUAGUUAAAUUCGUUAGAUGACGGUUUCAAAUGCUAAAUAUUUCUUCUAAUUAUAUUCCCACUACCAAUUUUCACUCAGUAAGACCUUUCUUNCGGCAUUCAUUUAUCUUUUGUAAAUACCACUAUACUUUGUCCAUAUAAAGUAAUCCCUUUUUUUUUAAUUCCUCUUGUCAUACCACUCUACGUAUUUGUUUUGAGGUUUCUUUAAACUAGAAUGUUUAUCUUUCUGAAGUGUUGGUUUAAAUUUUCUUUUUAUACCGGUAAUUUUGGUUUUAAUAUUCAAACUUGCUCAUUUAUAAUUCAGCUGGAGACAUUAAGCUCCACUAUAAGAGUACAAUGGUAUUUUAUAAAGGCUGCUUUUAAGUCACUUUUUCCACUAUUAAAGUUUUUAAUAAUUAUUUUGCUAUAUGAAUUGCCUUUUCAGCUGCCUGAUUAAUUUAUGGAUACUGAGGACGUGAAAUUAACACCACAAAAUUCCAGUCCUUUGAAAAAUGUAUGAAUUCCACAGAAUUAAAUAGCAUAUUAUCUACAAUGAAUUUUUUUUAGGUUUACCAUGACAACUAAAUAUUAAAAAUUUUAAUACAUUAGUAAUGACUCUGACAAAGUUUUUCUAAUAGCCUCAAAUCAUUUUCACCAGUAGUCUAUAAAAACUAAAUAGUUAAUUAAAUUGUAAGUCAUGAUUUUCACUGCUAUGUUUUCAAAUGAUAUCUCUGAAGUUCAUAAGGUAUUAAUGUAUUUUUUUGGUUAGCACUUUUGUGAACAGUUUACAAGUUCUGCAUUUUAAUAUAUAUUGCUCAAUCUUAUCAAACUUACCUAGCAAAAAAAAUAUACCAAGUGAUCUACUGAAGUGGAUACACUCAUUAUCUCGGAAAAUAUUAACUAUUUUAGGAAUUUAUUUUUUAGAACAUUUUUAAACACACAGCUCUACAAUUUUAUAUUUAUAUUAUUUUUUGUCACCCUUAUUUUUAGGGGUAAAACCACUACUUACUUAUGAUUUUCAAAUGACAACCUGUUUGAAAGUAGGUAGUUGUUUUACUUCCAAAAAUAAGGGUGAAAAAAAUACCACAAAUAUAAAAUUAUAGAACAGGUUUUUUCUUAAAUAUUCUAGAAAACUAAUUCCAAAUAAAGUUAAUAUUUUCCGAGAUAAUGAGUAUACCUACUUAAAUGGAUCAAUUAGUAUAUAUUUUUGAAUUUCAUUUUUGUUUUAGUGGUUCCUAAGUCACCAUCGUGCAGCAUUUUUUACAUUAAGGGGUCUCAUCUAAUAAGGGAUCAUAAUUCUAUACUAGUGAUACAAAACAUUUUUAUUCGCCAUUAUUUCAUUUCUCAUGUUAACAUAUAAUUUUACACUGAUGUCUAAACAAUCCCCCACUUAGUCACUUAUUAUGGCAAUAUUAUAGAAUUUUACGCAGUACCAUAACUUCUUUGGACUCUUUUUGUAAAUUGUUUAUAUUUUAUAUUAUUACUUGGGUUUUAAUGAUUUAUGCAGUGAAUCGAAUCAGUAUCAAAUUCAUUUUUCCCUUGUUAAUAUAUAAAUCUUUGAUAGUAAGUUUACUAUAUGUAUAUUUUUCCCUGGUAGGAACUUUAUAGCUAAGUCAUACUAAGUUUGAGUUUAAAUUUAUUAUAAGCAAAUAUUACACUUAAGAAUUAUUUUUCAAUUUAACCAUACCGAAUCUCUGUAUUGGUUCAACUCCUAGACUUACGUGCAAUUGGUUUCCCAUUGCAUUAAAUAACAUCCCAUUCUGUUAUUUGAUGAAUCUUUUUGGAUAACAAUAUCUUUCCCUAGAUAAAAUGUACCAAACUUGGUGGAUUUGCAAUUAAUUUUUUUGAAUUUGUGAAUGACUCCUCAUGCCUCAUAUUUUAAUCUUACACCACACAAUAUCUUUUUGUGCCAAUUUACUUAGAAGACUAAUUACAUAUUAGGAAUAAAUUCACUUAAAUAUUUACAUAUACCUAUUUGAUACAUGAAAUUUUAUUCUACAGAUUGGUAUUUUCAUUUUUAUAAUAGUCUUUACUUGAUCUACUUGAUCAAGUUUCAUACCAUUCUCAUCAAUAAUACGACCCAUAAAAGUUGUCUGUUAGACAGUAUAGUAAUUUAAUUAUUUUGUUAAACUUAAUGUUCAUUUUCUUAACUUUCAUUAAAAUUUAAUUUAUUCAAGCAUAAUCCUCUUCUAAAGUUUCAGUAGCUAUGUAGUAAUCCAAAAUAUUGUAUUAAAUUUUCCUUAUCUAAUUUCUCAAAAUACUCCUCGAGUCCUGUUAAUAAAUGCCUCUAGAGCACUUGAUAUGCCAAAAAAAUCUCGUGAAUUUUAAAUAACACACAGGAGUACCAAGCACAACAUUAUAUUCCCAUCUGCUUUGUAAACUAUGACACUAUUGCUCGAUCAGGAAUUUAGUUCUUAAACAGCCUCCAUGAUCCCACUUUGCAGAAGACUUUCUAACUCACUUUUUAAUUGUUUCAAUACUGUCUGAGGAACUCUCCUAGGUGGUUUAAUAACACCAACCGUACUCUCAUUUAUUUUAAUUUUAUAUUUGCUCGAAAACAUUUCCAUACCCUUACAUUUUUCUUUAUGAUUGGCUAUAGAAGAUUUCCUUUUACUAUCAACCACAUUAUUUGUUAAUAUAUGAAAAAUUAUUGUUGUCUAGUGUCGUGAACUCAGGCAUGAAUCCAGGGAGGGGGGCUAAUCGAAAUGUAUCGUCCCUCAUGAAUAUAUUAUUUAUAUGAUAAUCUAUUUUCACAUUUUUUACUUCUUAUUCAGAAAAAUACAAAAUUUUAUUUGACAGUAUCUACCUACCUACAGUUAAUAAUGUUCAUUUAUCAAGAAAACCUCAACAUAUACACUAUCUUGUUUAAAACAAAACCUAUAUUUAAACAACUAAAAUAUGAAAAAGAUUAGAUUAGUACUUGUAUAAUAAAAAAAAUAAUAGUAAUUACUUAUAUAUAGUAAGAAAACAUUACUCCUCCGCGCAUCUAAUUUAACAAGUUCCGCGGUUUCGUGACCAAAUUUCUCCCACUCUACUACCUACUUGCUGUAGAAAUUAGCGAGAAUAGACGAGUUUUGGUCGCCACCCAGUAACAUUCUCUCGCCGGUAGAACUAUAGGUAUAUUUAGAAUUAUACAUUUCUUACAAAAAUGUAUAAAUUAAAAAUUGAUGCUUUUUAAUCCUGGGUACACGUUAUACAAUAUGACACAAUUUUCAAAUUCAUUAUUUCUCCUUUAAGAAUAGUCAUAAAUACACUACUGAUAUAAUGCAAAAAAUAAUAAUUUAAAUAAUUGAAAAACACUUUUUUGCAAAUGAAAUCCUCUAUAUAAACAGUACACAAACACAAAAUUAUUUUUAGAAACUAUCUGCCUCUCAGCGGUCGUUAUCCGUUUAUAAUUAGUAUCUAUGAUUUCCAGUAUUCAUUCCCCCAUUUCAUAAUCAAUAAGAUAAGUUAACAAAAUAAAGCUACGAAAUUAAUUCAAAUCAAUAAAAUGCAAUUUAAGACUACUGCAGCGACAUUCAUAGACCAUUGAAAUCAUUUUUAAAUUAUUUUAAUAUUAGGGAGGCCUGCCCAACCAUAGGAAAUCAGAGUAGUAUUAACGAUUUUCAAAAAAAUUAUCUCCAUUUUUUUUUUCAAAUCUAACCAACUAGUAGGAAAAAGAUGUAUUUUCUAAAAAAUUAUAUACUAGUAUAAUCAUGAUCUAAGGAUGAGACAAUAACAUGUGUUGCAUAUAAAAGAUGUGUAUUCCAUAAGAACCUCGUGAUCACACACACAGUGAUAACGCACAGUGUAUACUAUAAAACAUAACAAAUAUUAUGUAUUAUUUCUUAGGUUGGUGGAUGUGGAUUAAAUGGUAUAGGUUUGAACACAGCUGAAGUUUUUGACUGCCUUACCCAUAAAUGGAAAAUGAUUUCAAAUAUGUCUGUUAAUAGAUUUAUGUUUGGUAUUGGCAAAAUCAACAACAAUAUUUAUGUGGUAUGUAAAUAUUAUUUAUCUAAAAUAAAUUUAAUUUUUUUAUUAAAUUAGACAUAAUUAAAUGUUAUAGGUAGGAGGCCUAAGAGGUACUUAUAAACAGAAUGUAUGUUUGAAUUCUGUUGAAUGUUAUCAUCCUGGUUAUGAUAUAUGGACCCAAGUUGCUUGUAUGAGUAAACACCGUGAAAAAGCUGGUGUCGGAAUCUUAGAUGGUGUAAUGUAUGCAGUUGGUGGACGUGAUGAAUCAGAAUUUCACAAAAGUGUCGAAGCUUAUUGUCCUAGUACUGGAGUUUGGACUUUUAUAGCUGAUAUGCAUAUUCGUCGAGCAAACCCUAGUAAUUAUUAUUAUGAUUCUUAAUACACAUGCAUUUUAAUAUAAAAUGUAUUCCUUUUUCAUAAAUAUAGGUGUAUUCUCAUUAAAUGGUUUACUGUUGGUUAUGGGAGGUUAUAAUGAUGAGACUUCUAAUGAGGAAUUUCUAGAAAUUUACAAUCCUAAAACUAACACAUGGAAAAUAAACAAUGAACCCGCAGUAAAUAAUGCAUAUCGUCUCGUUGGAAUUGCGUGUAUUAUUACUUAA